GGGAAAUGCAAUAUCAAUAUAUGACGCGCUGUUGUUCUGCUAAUGACAAUUUUCAUCUCGGACAAAAAUCACAUGUAGAAUCAACGAAAUUUAUCGAGCAUUGAAAAAAAUGUUUCGCGACACCCAACGACUCUUCCUCCUCGUCGGAAUAUAUAUAAACACGCUGGUAUUGCAGUAAACACGUAAUCGUCUAACCACUGUGUGAACAAAAUAUAACCCUAAAUUAUAUAUAUAUGGUUGAAUCUUCUUAAUUUAUUUGACUCUAUAUUCUCUGUAUUUGCUCUCACUUGUGCUCGGAUUCGCUUUGCUGUAUGCUUGUGGCCUAGUGAUCUGGGCUGUACAGUAAUUAACUGUAGUUGACACUUCGUAUUGCAUUUUGAAAUAUAUACACCAUUGGGAGUUUUCUGAUAGCGGUUAUCAGGACGAGUGAUAUGCAAAGCCUUAAGAAGACAUUUCAAAGAAAACUCUCAUAAAAAUUACAAACCUUGGCAAAAAUAUGCAACACUUGAGAUGGAUUAAAUUGAACGAUCCUAUCUUGAUGAACAAGUGUAAAUCCUAUUUAGAAUUAGUUCAAUGCAGUCAUCUAUCAUAUAAUUGUAUGACAGUCGAAUUAUCUGUGAAUGAAACUACUUUUAUAUAUUACAAUCUGAAACCAUUGACUACUUAUACAUAUAGUAUCAAUUUGAUUUCUCCAUUUGGUGAUAUCAAUGAUAUUUACACGAAGUCUACAGCCGAAACACUACCUAAUGGUCCAAAUGCACCGGUCAAUCUAUCUGUCAGCCAUAUAUCACCGAACAAACUGACCUUACACUGGCAAAAUCCACCACAACACCCAGCCUUUGAUGUUCACUGUUUUUGGGUGUACAAACGUGAUUCGAUCCAUCUGGUGAGUGGGUUGGACGAGUACAGAAUUUGUAAUGUUUCGAAUGAACUUAUUUUGACAUCACUGAUACCGGGAAGACAAUACACUUUGUAUAUGAGAUCUGAGGAUUCUGUGUAUGGAUUACAUAGUGAUGUGUCUAAUGCUAUAAGUGCAACAACCUAUCCAUCACAACCAAAUGCACCAACUAAUCUAACUGUAAUCAAUAUUUUAUCUAAUCAAUUUACUGUUAAAUGGACUGAACCAGUACAAGAUUCUGCAUUUAUAAUUAAAUAUUAUUUAAUAUAUUAUCGUCCUACUUUAAAGAUAAAUGAUCUAUUCACACAAUCUCAUAUUUUCUCUAAUCAUUGUAAUGAAUAUAUCAUCACUUCAUUAUUACCUGGUAUUAACUACACAGUAUAUAUGAAAUCGAUCGACUCAAUUUAUGGUAUAUACAGUAAUGAAUCGAUCCCAAUUACAGUGUACACAUUCCCAGAUGCUCCUAAUCCACCUAUCAACGUUACGUUUAUUGAGACUGGAUCAACACAGCUCCGUGUUGUAUGGAUGCCUCCUGAGGAGAAUUUAGCUUUCAACAUCAAUUGUUACUUGGUAUAUAUCCGUCCAACGUUUACUGUAUUUAGCCAUUUUCAAAAAUUCAAUAUUUGUCAUUCUAACGUGUGUGACAUCAAAUCGUUAUUACCGGGAGUAAACUAUACAGUUUAUGUUGAAUCGUUUGAUUUAACAUACGGACUUCGAAGUUUGCCUUCAAAUUAUAUUACCGCUGUAACCUAUCCAGAUAGACCUAUUAAGCCAGAAAAUGUAACAGUGACCAACAUCAAACCAAAUCAAUUCACUAUUAGAUGGAACGAAAUAAACCAAGAUUUAACGUUCACUAACAUUUGUUAUUCACUUUAUGUGCGACCAACUUUAAAUAUUAAUGAUAAUUUUAAUCAGUUCAAUGUUUGCAAUGGGAAAAGCGAGUUUACUGUCACUUUCUUAUUACCUAGAACAAAUUAUACGGUAUAUCUUAAGUCGUUUGAUACUAAUUAUGGUAUAUACAGUGAUGCAACGAAAUCUUUUCUAAUCUAUACAACAUAUCCAGCAUGUAUUCAACCACCAGUCAAUUUAACAUUUUCUGAAAUUAAUGUUUAUGGAUUUACUGUACAUUGGCAUCAUGCAUUAGAAGAGCAUUCAUUCGACAAUAACAAGUAUUAUUAUGUAUUCAUAAAGGCUUUGCACAAUCAUACAAACAAACCAAUGAAAUUCAAUGCUGGUCAAUCAGCCACAAGUUUUCAUAUUUUCAGUCUUUCACCGGAUACAUGGUAUAGUGUAUCUGUACAAUGCAUAGAUACUACAUACCAUAAUAGUAUCGAAUCAGAAGAGAUUUUUGUACAUACAUAUUCCGAGACUGUUGAACGUGACAGUCUUAAUCAGCUGACGAGUCUGAUCCUACAAGUUCCACCAGAACAACAAACAACUCAUAUUCAACGAGACAAUAUGAUUAUUUUGUAUUUACCGUUAUCUCGGUUAAAUUGUUUCAUUUCAACAGUUUAUGUGGUUUCACUCGUAAUAAAACCAACUAGGGAAAAUCAUGAUGAUGAACUUAUUUGUUCUGAAGGUUGUACAAAGAAAAUGCACUACAAUGACAUUACGGAUAUUUAUUUAGUUGAGUCGACAUACAAAAAUCGCCAUAAUAAAGAAAAUGGAUCAUGGGAAAUACUUAUACAUUCACGGUUGGAAUUAAGUCAGACGCGUACACAACGUUCAAUGGCUUACCGAAUGAAUGAAAGUUAUCUAUAUUCCGAUAAAUAUUUCAUAAUCGGUGAAAAUGGUGUAUGUCCAUAUAAUUCGCAUGAAUGUAAUGGACCACUUAAACCUGCUACACAGUACAGUAUACAAUUACGUACUUACACGGAAUAUGGAUAUACCACGUCGAAAAUAAUUCAUGGACGUACACUGUCUGACACUACUAUCAUUUUGAUCACAUGUUGUAUCUUGUGGUCAUUGUUCAUAUUGGCUAUAUCCUCAUUCGGUUUAUUAUAUUAUCGUCUUAUUGAAAGAAGCACUAUCCCCAAGAAUAAUGAUAUUUAUAAUAAUAUUGCAAGGGGAAAAAUCAAUAAUAAAUCAAUAAUUAAUGAAGAUAUUUAUUCACAGAAGAUAAUGAAUCGAACCCACCUUCCAAAUUUAUGUACAUCUAUGAAAUGGCCAACACCAGUUACAACCCAUACGUUUAUGGCACAAUAUGAAAACUAUUCAAAAGAUUCAUUCGCAACACUAAAAGUACAAUAUCAAUUAAUAAACAGUAACAGUCAAUUUUUAAUACAAUCAGAUAUGUUGAGUCAAGAAAUUGGACAAAAGAAUAUAAAUAAACGAUUAAAUCGUUUUAGUGAUAUUCUACCGUAUGAUCAAACGCGAGUGAAGUUAAAUCCAAUUCAAAAAAGCAAACAGGAACACGAUUAUGUAAAUGCAAGUUUUAUUUAUGAAAUAAUACCUUGUACAAGUGUUCACACACAUCCCGUGCUAAACAGAAAUAAAAUAGAGUACAUUGCAUCACAGGCACCAUUAGAAUCAACAGUUGGUGAUUUUUGGAGAAUGAUUCUGGAUCAAAAUAUUACCAUUAUCGUUAUGCUUACAAAAACAGCAACUAUCUGAAUUAUUGUUGAUGACAGUCUUAUUCUCAACAUUACUAAACUGUGCGUACAAUGAUAUCAUGGAUCCAGCUAUAUAAUGUGAUUGGUUCUGUCAGUAUACGAUCUGGUGAAUACACUAAAACCAAUUUCUGAAACUGAACUGCACGAAAAAGCUUGAAACUUCCGUGAUCAAGUCUGUAUUUUGGUCUAUACAAUAACAAUAGAUAUUGAUUGAUAUUUUCUUGCCUCAUAACUCACUUUGAAUUUUUGGGAUUGUAAUAAAUAUCUUUACCUCGUUUAGUUAUUCUUAUGUUCUGUAACAGUGUCUGUUGGCCCAGGAAAUUGUCAGCAACGAUAUGCUUGAAAUUGACUAAUAUUUCUCUAAAUAAUGAGAUUUGUAUUUUCCAACAAAUUGAUUAAAAGCCUGAUAAAUCGUUACACAUCAAUGCUAUGUAAAAAACUGCCUUUUUUGCUUCAAGUCAGACUGCUUAUUAUUAAAAGUAGUCAGCUUUAUUGAAGCAUCUAAAUAGCUCGAAUAUUCGG